CGACACGCAGCGCGCUCUGGCUCUCGGAAGAGAGAGAGGUGACAGGCUAGCUUUCAGAAAACCGGAAUAAAGUGAUGCAGAAAACGAGCGUUUAACUUUGACACAACCAUGGAGACUGAUGCAAACUCCUUCCACGUGGAGUUCCCGGACUUUUCCUGCUCCCUCCUGAAGAAACUGAACCAGCAGCGGCAGAGAGGACAGCUCUGUGACCUCAUCGUGUCCAUCGGCGGCCAUCAGUUUCGUGCUCACCGGGCGGUUCUGGCCGCCAGCUCCCCGUACUUCUGCGAUCAGGUGCUUCUGAAGAACAGCGCUCGCGUGGUGUUGCCGGACGUCAUGCAUCCGUGUGUUUUCGAGCAGCUUCUCUUGUCGUGCUACACCGGAGCGCUAUCUGUGCCGUCGGGAGAGGUGGUGGCCUUCCUCACGGCUGCUAGCUUCCUGCAAAUGUGGCACGUGGUGGACAAAUGCACUGAGCUUUUAGAAGUUGGGAAUAAGAAAAACAGCAGCGUUGGGAAUUUCAACCACGGAUCAUCCCCGAGAGGGGACGGUUAUGCCACCGAUAACGAAGACAACGUCCAGACCGCGGGUCAAGCGGAAGACCUAGUCGACGACGGCCUUUCCAUUCCCGCUUUGUCUCCAGAUGAUCCGAGCAGCGAGAACGGGUCGGAUGCGAUGGAAAACCAGUGCUCGAGACCUGCCUAUGUGCCGCCGAGCAUAAUGGGACACAGAAAGAAGGUGCAUAUAAAAGCAGAGAGGCAGAAUCGAGAAGCUUGCCUGUUCGAACACACCGCAAACGAUUCGGAUGAGAGCGGUCACAAUCCAAACGCAGUAGAGGAUUGCUUUGAUGAGAAAUUAGUGGAGUGUUUGGACAGAGAUCGCACUUACGAAGAGCCCUCGGACUUCUACGGAUCCUCCAUGGAGGGUUUUUCGCAAGCCGGAGACGAGCUCUCCAACCCACCGUCCAAGGAUGAACUGCAGCUGGAAGGAAGUGCAGAUGUUCCCCAAGACGAGGCAGCGGUGGACGGUGGCCUAAAGGAGCAAACCUCUCACUCAGGGUUCGCCUCAGUGGUUUAUAAGCUCUAUCCGUGUCAAUGUGGCAAAAGUUUUACGCACAAAAGCCAGAGGGACCGCCACAUGAGCAUGCAUCUGGGUCUGAGGCCGUUCGGGUGCGCCGUCUGCGGGAAAAGCUUCAAAAUGAAGCAUCACUUGGUGGGCCACAUGAAGAUCCACACGGGCAUCAAACCCUACGAGUGCAGCCUGUGCUCGAAACGCUUCAUGUGGAGAGACAGCUUCAACCGUCACACCUCCACUUGUGCGAGAGCCCAGCAGACCCGACGCGCCUCCCAGAUCUGCUAGUGGAGGAACGCUUGGGAAACCUCCGCAUGGAAGCAUCCUUUACCAGAAUGCCAAAUUAGCUGCUGUAUACAGUAGGAAACUGAGUAUUUUUGGGCUUUUAUUUUAUACAAGAACCUCUGGGAGUUCGAUUUAGUUCAUUUA